AUGUCGCGAAAACGCGUACGCACGACGCCCGCUCUAGAUCAGACGCGUCCUCCCUCUCCACCACAUGGACAAUUUGCAAAUGCACGUGGCUACAUACAAAACCUUAGCCCGCGUGAGAGAGUUGAUAUGAUUCUAUCAGACAUUCGGGAACACCACCGAUGGUCUAUCAAGGAUCUUAUUUAUCAUAUGGCGCAGGCGCCGUCUUCACAACAAAACGCCCAUUCAGAAACACGGCGCGCAAGACUGGUUUCGCAAGCCAUAUACGGGCAACCAGAAGUUGUCAAGCAGUUGGCUAGUGUUUCAAAUGACAUCUUUACAACAGGCGCGUCUGAUCAGAUCUCUCGGUUACAAUCCGAGCUUCGUGUUCUAGUCAACGGGAAUGUACUGGGCGAGUUUGAACCGGAUAUUGAUCUUGGAGAUGUGGAUAUCCCUGGCUUAACUACAAAGGUGCAGAAUAAAGCUCCAGGGCUAUUGGCACUGCUUUUAAACAUCAUGACACCGCCAGAAAGUUCUCGUGAUACGUCCAAAGUCUACCAAGGCAGUAUUUUGAUGAUUUGUUCUAUUCUCGCGUCCACCUUGGCACCACGGAAAAGCAAUAGCUUUCCGAUGUUGAUUGGCUUGUAUUUACAUGCAAUGGGUGUCAAGCGACGCGUGAUUUGCUUUCUGGCUGGUCUGGGCAUAAAUUCGCCUACCAGACUAUCAUGGACAAACGGAAAGAGCUUGCAGACUUAG